AUGGACGGGCUGGGUUGGCAGCUUUCGAUUCUCCUGGCCGCAUGCGGUCACACGUUGCUGUGCACGUACUCCGAGGACGACGGGUUCCUGGUGCGUCUGGGCGUGGUCGUAGGCCCGGGUGCGCACAGCAGGGACCAGGGCGACAAGUGCGGCUUCCACGCGGCCUUCCCCGCGAUCCUCGAGAGCCAGUGCGAGGCAGGCAUCUCCAAGCAGCUGAUGGCCCGGCACAGAGACCGGAUGCAGCAGAGGGGCGCCCGCUUCUCCUCCAAGACCUCGCAGCUGCUGCUCAACCAGCUCCUGGGCGGCGCCUCCCCGACGGACGUGGGCGCGCCCACGCCGGCCGAGCGGGCCGUGAAGAGCGGCGUGCUCGCGAGGCCAGAGACACUGGAAUUCGCGCAGUGGCUCGCCAACAACGCCAGCCACACGGCAACUGGAUUCCAGGAGAUGUGCUUCAACUACUCGGCCUCCUCCAGCAACGCAGUCGACUCUGUUGCCUCCAGAAUCCAGGGAGUUGUGAGCGAGACCAAGGGCUUCAUCGACAUGAUGAUGAGGUACGCGACCCCGGCCGCCAUCGAGCGCCUGGAGGACCAGAUAGCCGAGUUCACCGAGAGCGCGCUGGAGGACGUGCAGAGCGUGAUCGAGAAGCGGGUCGCAAGCCUGAUGGGCAACUCCAGCGAUGUGAUCGAUGCCGCCAUCCAGCGG